AUGGCAGCUUCUAACCAAACGCAGCGCAUUUUCAUGACUGGCGCUACCGGUUACAUCGGUUCUGUCAUCACAGAACUCGCAAUCGCAGAGGGUUAUGAGGUACAUGGGUUAUCUCGAGCUGAUUCUGGAGACGCCAAGUUACUCAAAGCUGGCGCGGUGCCAGUACGUGGGAACCUUACCACCCUUGAUAUCCUGCGCAAGGAAAGCUCCAAAGCGGAUAUUGUUUUCCAUCUUGCGACCGCCUACAGUGCAAGAAGUACCGGCACUUAUGAUGACGCUUGGCCAACCGACAAGGCCGCAAUUGAAGCUAUUGCGGAUGGAUUAGAGGGAUCCAACAAACCAUUGAUUGUGACCGGCGGUACGCUAUACGUUGCUCCAGAUCCAAAUGGUGGAGAGACUACCGAGAUGUCUCCGAUGAAUCCAAAUCCUUUCAAUACUCGAAGUCAAUCUGAAACUCAUGCGCUUGAGUUGGCGAAGAAAUCUAUUCGAGUUAUUGCCAUGCGUCUGGCUCCAUGGGUCUUUGGAAGAGGAGGUAGUGGAGUCAAAUUAUUCAUGGGUAUGUCUAAGAUGUCUGGUGCUGUGACAUGUGUCGACGGUGGAAAAAGUCGUACAACAACCGUUCAUGUGGACGAUGUCGCUCGACUUUAUUUGUUAGCUGCUCAGAAAGCCAAAUCCGGGGAGAUAUUCAAUGCUGCUUCGUCUACCGUUGUUACUUUUCAUCAAAUUUGGGAGACUAUGGCCACGGCAUUGAAUUUGCCGUUGAAAGAUCUUUCUAUAGAAGAAGCUACUGGCACGGUUGGGCCGGCUCUUGCAAAGUUUAUCUCAGCAGAGAAUAGGGCAUCUGGAGCUAAGGCUAGGAACGUACUAGGGUGGAAGCCCAGCGACGCUGAUAUACUGGAGGAGAUCCAUUCUGUGGCUUCUCAAAUGUAG